AUGUCAAACCCAUCCCCAAACAAGAAACCACCCCACUCCCAACCGCGCAACCACCACAUCUUCGACCCUUGGAACACAUCCUCAACGGGCCAUCAACGUGCUGAAAACCCGUAUUCGCGAACGACCGAAUGGCGCGAUACGCGCCGGGAGAAGUUGGCGCGACAAUUCCGAUCCGACCAUCGUACAGCACCAUCAUCGAGGGAUAAUCUGACUGGAGGAGGAGGAGGAGGAGGAAGAGGGGAGGAAGGGGAAUGGAAAUGGAUGUCCGCACACGAAGCGACGAGGAACGAGCUCGGUGUAGCGGAUAUAAGGCGGUACAUGGGUAUAUCAAAGCCACACCCACAAGCUCAGCAAGGCCAACACGGGCUAUUGAAACCGGAGCCGCAAGCACAAUCGGAACAGCAGCGUCAACCGACGAUGAAGGAGAAACUCGCAUUCGAGCCUGCGACUCUACCACCACCGUCGGAAAUAUCAAGACCUACAGAAGAAGGAAGGAAAGGAAUCUUCGCAUCAUUGACAUUCUACAUCAACGGAUCUACAUACCCGACCAUAUCAGACCACAAACUCAAACGCCUAGUUGCCGAGGAAGGUGGUAACAUAUCGCUGUAUCUAGCACGGAAAUCGGUUACGCACGUCAUUCUCGGCGCUGCCGCCAGUUCAAGUCAUGGUGGUGGUAGUGGGAGGAAAACAGGUGGUUUACUUUCAGCAGGUAAAAUGCAAAAGGAGGUAUUGGCAAAAACAAGCGGGUUUGGGAAAGGGGUUAAGUAUGUUAAUGUUGAAUGGUGCGUUAUUCCUCUCCUAGCUUGGACGAGUUGA